AUGAGACCAUCUGCGUGCCUCCGACUGGCUCGCCGGUCGUCUGCCAUCUCGCAGCGAUGUUCUGCAACGAGCACCAGUCCGUCGAUUCGGAUAAGUUGCUCUUUAUCUUUGGAGACGACACACUUCCGAGCAGGAGCCCGCAGGCUCUUCUCAGAGUCGGUUAAGAAGGCAUCAAGGUUUACGGGUGCUCAGGAUAGUAGCGAAAGCUUGUCGCCAUUCAAGCAGCACCGGCGAGAUGGGCUUCGCGAAGACCAACAGAGUGAGGAUCCACUGUACCCUGAUCCGUAUCCUCGACUAGAAUCUUCCACAACUCGGAAGAGUGUGCCAGAGUUUCUUGAGGACUUCGAUGAGCAAGCGCCCAGUGAAGAAGUGACGUUAUCAGGUCGUGUCCGUUCAAAGCGUGUAGUCGGCAAAUCCCUCAUCUUCCUCGACAUCGUGAACGAAUUCCAGAAAGUGCAAAUCAUGAUCAACAAGAAUAAAUGUGUGUCAGAGAAGCAUGGCCGCAUACAAAAGUUUUCCCUGUUUAAAAACUUGAUCCAAGUUGGCGAUCACAUCUCGGUAACUGGUAAUGCAACUCGUACAAAGGCUGGAGAGCCGACCCUCCAAGCUAUCCAGCUCCCAGAGCUUCUGUCUCCGUCGAUGGAGCAGAUACCUGAAAAGCUCACCGACCCCAAGGCGAGAAUGGCAGACCGUCACGUCGACAUGCUCGUGAACAGAGAAGUGGUUGACGUGCUGAGGUUGCGAGCCGAAAUCACAAAGUUCAUGAGAGACCACUUCCAUUCAAAACGCUUCUUGGAAUUCCAAACCCCAAUUUUGGCUGAAAAUGCUGGGGGGGCGGUUGCUCGGCCUUUCGUCACCCAGGCCACUGAAUUUCGGAAAAAGGAUCUGGCUUUACGUAUUGCACCAGAACUUUGGCUGAAGCGUCUUGUUGUCGGGGGUGUUGACAAGGUGUUUGAGAUUGGUCCCGCCUUUCGCAACGAAGGCGUCGAUGCCACGCACAACCCAGAGUUUACGAUGUGCGAGUUCUACAGCGCCUACACAAACUUGGCGGACCUCAUAAAAGAGACAGAAGAACUCUUGUACGGACUCGCCAAACAUACGCAGGAACUCAUUUCGACCCAGCUAACCACACUCCCACCAACCGACUUGAGCCGAUUCGUCCGACCCUUUAGGCAGAUUGAAUUCAUCCCCGGCCUCGAGGAAGCUAUGGGAAUCCGCUUCCCUAAGCUGUCCAGUGACGAUGCGCUACCAGAGCUUCUCGCUGUCCUGAAACUUGCUGGAAUUACCGUCCCCGGCGAAGUACCCAACUCCCUCCCCAAACUCCUCGACCGCCUCGCAGCCGUAUAUUUAGAACCCAUGUCAUUCCACGAACCCAUCUUCAUAACCAACCACCCGGCCUGCAUGUCACCACUGGCCAAAGGCUUUCUAUGCCCAAAAACGUACCAACUGGUGUCUGCCCGCGCAGAGCUUUUCGUCGGCGGCCGUGAGCUGGCAAACAUGUACGAAGAAGAAAAUGAUCCCGAAGAGCAGAAGCGCAAACUUGCCUUUCACCGUACCCUCGUGAAUAAGCCCAAUGGCGAAGUCGGAUUCGAAGAAGCAGCUGGGGAGCAGGAACCUACACCCGCAGAAGAAGCGGAGGUGGAUGAAUGGGAAGGGUCCCCGCUAGAUCAGAGUUACGUGAAGGCCUUGGACUUUGGUUUGCCGCCCACGGGGGGAUGGGGAUGUGGUGUUGAGCGGUUGGUGAUGUUGUUUUCAGGAGCAAAUCGGAUUAGCGAUUGUCUGAGUUUUGGGACGUUGCGAAAUGUAGUUGGCUUGUCGACAGAUGAGAAGGCUACUGAUAGGAGUGUAUAG